AUGGACGUGGUCGGGUCGGCGGCGCCGGGAGUGGCCAAGGUUGCGCCAGGGGUUGCGGCGACUGGCGGGGUGGCCCCGACGGCGCUUCCGGCGGCUCCCGUGUACGCGACCCCGCACGGCAUGUCCCACCCCCCUCCGCCGGUAGUGCAGCAGCAGCAGCAGGGAGCGUACUUGCAGCAGCAGCAGCAGCCGACUGCGGCGGCUGCCCCGGUCGCCUACCAGCAGCAGCAGCAGCAGCCGGGUUACGCCGCUCCCCCUCCUCAGCAGGGAUGGUGCGAUGGUGAUGGGACAAUGCGAAGAAGAAAAUCACUCUUGCGAUGUUUCCGCAGCAUUGAUGGACUUGCUAUAAGGGACGCGGAGAAAGUCGACAAGAUGGCGGCGUACGUCGCCCGCAACGGCGGCGGGUUCGAGGACAUCGUGCGGGAGCGGGAGAAGGACAACAAGAUGCUGUCGUUCAUCUUCGCGGGGGAGCUCCACGAGUACUACAAGUGGUCGUUGCACUGCGCGAGGAUGGGCUUCUCGCCGGAACAGCGACAUGCUCAGAUAGGGUUGUAUCACCACCACAAGCUGAUGGAGAAGCAGGCGAAGGAGCAGGCCAUACAGAGGAUGGUAGCCGCCGGGGAGAUGGUGCCGGGGGCUAACCUCACUCUCGACGCGCAAAACGAGCAGCAGGUGCCCGGCGUCCUUCGGUCUGCUUGCACGCUGGACCCAGAGCUGACAGGAGGGAGCCUUGACAAGGUUGAGCGCAUCGUCCGCCUUUGGGGGUCGAACGGGGUCUUCACGCCCGCAGAGUGCGACAGCUUGCUGGCGGCCGGCGCCGGAGUAACCGCCAAGCACGCCUCGGCAAAGGCGAUGGCCAAGAAGGCCGCCCACGGGUUGAGAGAGCGCGCCGGCCGGGGGGGCUGGGACAGAGAAGGUGUGGGAUAG